AUGGCGGAAGUCACAAAUGAAGCAUCAAAUUCUUUAAGAACGAGAAUAGGCAACAUAAUUGGAAGAAAACGGUUAUUGUGGAUUAGUAUAGCUAUUAUUGUCGGUAUAGUUAUCAUUGCAGCAGUUGUUAUUCCAACAACUAUUAUUUUGACAAAAAAGGAAACUAUUAUAAUAUCAUCAACAACAACAACAACGACGACAAGUACAACUACAGCAAUAACUACAACAAUUACAGCAACAAUGAUGACGACAACAGAAAUAAUAAUGGCAACAAACGAACCAGAUUUCAGAUGUAAUUAUCCAUUAUCAAAUAUGUCACUCGACUUUUUAGAUUGGUCACGUACGAUGAACAUGAUUUAUUCACGGUAUUAUCAUGCAGCAUCUGUAUUGCAAAGUGGAAAAGUAUUAGUUACUGGUGGUUAUCAUAACUAUGAUGAACAAAAUACUGCUGAAGUAUAUGAUAUAUCAACAGAAACUUGGACAUUAUUAACUAAUUCUAUGAAGGAUCGACGAAUUUCACAUACAUCAACUGUAUUGUCUGAUGGAAAAGUGCUAGUUACUGGCGGAUAUGACGAUAGCAAGUAUCUAAACAGUGCAGAGUUAUAUGAUCCAACAACACAAACGUGGAAUAUUACUAGUAGUUUGAAAAUUAAAAGACGAGAACAUAGUGCAUCUUUAUUAAACAACGGGAUGGUAUUGGUUAUUGGUGGGAUAGAUGAUACUUCUAAUGAACUUAAUAGUGCUGAAAUAUAUGAUCCAACGACUGAAACAUGGACAUUAACUCAUAGUAUGAAAUAUGCACGAACACACCAUCAAGUAUCUAAAUUAGAGAACGGAAAAUUGUUAGUGACUGGCGGAGUCGGUGACGAUAUGUUUCACGAUAGUGCUGAAUUAUAUGAUCCAUUCACAAAACUAUGGACGACCACAGGCAAGAUGCAUCAUCCACGGUGGUUGCAUACGGCAACUCUUCUACGAAAUGGAAAAGUGUUAGUGACUGGUGGAAAAAAUGACACGAUCUUUUUAAAUUCUGCUGAAUUAUAUGAUCCAUUAGUAGGCAAAUGGACAGUUACUGGAAGUUUAAUGUAUCCAAGAGAUUCUCAUUCAGCAAUCUUAUUAGCAAAUGAAAAAGUGUUAGUUAUUGGCGGGAGAACCGUGGAAUACGUUCACCUACGCUAUUCGGAAUUGUAUAAUCCAUUAACGGAAACAUGGUCUACUGCUGGUAAUCUAAAUUGUCGUCGUGGUCGACACGUUGUAUCUGAAUUAUUAAAUGGAACAGUGUUAGUUACUGGUAAAGAAGAAGAUGAAUCUGAUAAAUGUACUGCAGAACUAUAUUAA